CCCCCCCCCCGGUCCCGCCGGGCCUCCGGGAGCAGCCGCCGCUCGGGAACCACGAGCUCUGGAAAGGAAGAGAAAUGGAACUGAAGAAACUCAACAUUUCCUGGCACUUCCUGAUAGUUCUGGUUUUAGUCCUGCAAAUUUUCUCCGCUUUGGAUUUUGACCCGUACAGAGUCCUAGAGGUCAGCCGAACAGCCAGCCAGGCUGAAAUUAAAAAGGCGUAUAAGAAGCUUGCCCGGGAAUGGCAUCCUGACAAAAAUAAAGACCCAGGAGCAGAAGACAAGUUCAUUCAAAUUAGCAAGGCUUAUGAGAUUCUGUCCAAUGAAGAAAAACGAGCGAAUUUCGAUCGCUACGGGGAUGCGGGCGAGAAUCAGGGCUACCACCACCAGCAGCAGCAGCAGAGCCAUCACUUCCGCCAUUUCCAUGAAAAUUUUUACUUCGACGAAUCCUUUUUUCACUUCCCUUUUAAUUCUGAGCGACGAGACUCCUCAGAUGAGAAAUACUUACUGCACUUCUCCCAUUACGUAAAUGAGGUGCUUCCAGACAGCUUCAAGAAGCCCUACCUCAUCAAGAUCACCUCCGAUUGGUGCUUUAGCUGUGUCCACAUCGAACCCAUCUGGAAGGAAGUGGUUCAAGAACUUGAAGGACUGGGAGUGGGGAUUGGAGUUGUCCAUGCAGGAUAUGAAAGACGACUAGCACACCACCUGGGGGCCCAUAGCACCCCUUCAAUCCUAGGAGUCAUAAAUGGAAAAAUCUCCUUCUUCCAUAACGCAGUUAUCCGGGAGAAUCUGCGGCAGUUUGUGGAGAGCCUUCUUCCUGGAAACUUGGUUGAGAAGGUUACGGAUCAAAAUUAUGUCCACUUCCUGUCUGGCUGGCAACAAAAGAAUAAGCCUCACGUCCUUCUGUUCGACCAAAUGCCACUAGUGCCGUUGAUAUACAAGUUGACUGCUUUUGCCUACAAGGAUUAUUUGUCAUUUGGAUAUGUGUAUGCUGGAAUAAGAGGGACUGAAGAGAUGACAAGUCAGUAUAACAUCAACGUCUUUGCCCCCACCCUGUUGAUCUUUAAGGAGCAUAUCAACAAACCGGCCGAUGUUGUGCAGGCCCGUGGCAUGAAGAAGCAAAUCAUUGACGAUUUCAUCUCCCAGAACAAGUUCCUGUUAGCCGCCAGGCUCACCAACCAGAGGCUGUUUCAUGAGCUGUGCCCUGUGAAGAGAUCUCACCGCCAGAGGAAGUACUGUGUGCUUCUGCUGACUGGUGAAGGAAUCAAAUCUAGUAAACCCUUUGAGGCUUUCCUGUCCUUUGCUCUGGCCAACUCGAAAGACACAGUGAGAUUCGUGCACGUCUUGAGCAACCGACAGCAGGAGUUUGCCCAUACCUUGCUCCCUGACAUUGAAUUGUUCCAGGGAAAAUCCGCAGUUUCUAUCUUAGAGAGGCGCAACACCGGUGGACGAGUGGUGUAUAAAACCUUGGCAGAUCCUUGGACGGGAAGCGAGGAGGACAAAUUCAUUCUUUUGGGUCAUCUGGAUCAGCUGCGAAGAGACCCCGCCCUCCUGUCUUCAGAAGCUAUCCUACCUGAUUUAAUUGACGAACUUGCCCCUGUGUUUUUUCUUCGGUGGUUCAACUCUGUAUCUGAGUACCUCUCGGAUUGCUGGGACAGCGUGUUUCACAACAACUGGCGAGAAAUGAUGCCCCUCCUGUCUCUGAUCUUCUCUGCUCUCUUCAUCCUCUUUGGCACCGUGAUUGUGCAGGCGUUCAAUGAUUCAGGUGAUGAGAGAGAUUCAAGUCCUCCUGAUAAAGAAGAAGCCAACGAAAAGAGUGAAAAGAACGACACCAGCUUCAGCAAAGAAAAUAACAGGUUGCACAGGAUUCCCAAGAAGGGUUUCGUCGAGGUGACUGAACUCACAGAUGUAACGUACAUCAGUAAUUUGGUGCGCCUGAGGCCAGGCCACAUGAAUGUAGUUCUCAUCCUGUCUAAUCCCACCAAGACCAGCCUGCUACAGAAGUUUGCCUUGGAGGUCUACACAUUCACAGGGAGCAGCUGUCUUCAUUUCUCCUUCCUGAGUCUUGACAAACACCGGGAAUGGCUGGAAUACCUGUUAGAAUUUGCUCAGGAUGCUGCCCCGAUCCCAAACCAGUAUGAUAAGCAUUUCCUGGAACGGGACUAUACUGGCUACGUGCUGGCACUGAACGGCCAUAAGAAAUAUUUCUGCCUCUUCAAACCCCACAAAGCAGCACCGGAGGAAGAAGAAACCAUAGGAGCUUGUAAUGACCAUGAUUCUUCCGUCCACCUGGGUGAAUCCCGGGGGAAGACUUCCUGUAGUCCCGGCUCCAGACCCAUCAAAGGCAAAUUAAACAAGUUGUCCUUAUGGAUGGAACGUCUUUUGGAGGGCUCCUUACAAAGGUUCUAUAUCCCGUCGUGGCCUGAAUUAGACUGAGAAGGAUUUUAAAGAGUUUCUAACACUGCAGACUUUUUAAGAAGAUUCCCCAUGAACAGUUCUUUCCAGCAACCCCAGACAGCAAGUUUUAGAGGAACUCUUCUAGGACCAGUGGCUAGAAGAAUCCAUCCUUCGUUAUGCCCUGUCCUAGGAGUGAAAGACACCGUGUGUUGAAUUCUCUCUGUACCAAAACACUUUCCUUUUUUUUUUCUUAAUUUGAAUGCUGUACUAUUUAAGACAGAUCGCUCCGUUUUUCUUCCUCUCUUCUUCUUGUCGCGUGUGCUCCCUACCACUCCUCUGUCCUGUCUCUUUAUUUGAAGAAAAACCGUGACUCAGACCUGCAGCAGUCACUCAGUACGGACUGAACCUCGCGAACCUGUUGUGCAGGUCAAGUCCGUUGCACCCAGACCUACCUCCCUGACCAUCCCCUUGCAGUCAGACCCCACAGUGCUUCUGCCAUGGUGCAUGCCGUUUCACUAGGGGGAAACCACAGCUUUAUAAGGCUCUACAGCUCGGGAAAGGCCUUGGUAACGAGCUAACUUUACCUUCAUGUGCUUUGCUGAUGGUAGGAGGCUAGGAGCGUAUUUGGGGGUAUCUCCCUGUAGUGGGCCCUGCGCCGAUUGUCUUACGUGAAUGGGGUCUCUGCGUGCGGGUCGCUUUUCUUUUCAGGGGGAAGGGUGGACGGUGACUCGGGUCGAGCGGUUUCGUGUUCCUCCUAGUUCCCCAGGCUGCUUCCCCAGCUCAAACCGUAACCAGGGAGGGGUUAACACAGCAGUAAAUACCGAAUUGACUUUGAGCCAUUUAAAUAUGUAUCGUUUUCCGAUGCCUUUCUGCUUCUGUCGAUUUUAGGAUAUGUAUGUUAGGAGCCAUAACCUUUAAUCUUCGUCUCCUCCGAGUAGGGAUAAGCUGCUAUGAACCGGUAGAUAUGUAAAACUUAAACAAAUAUUCAUACCUGGCAGAGCGUCAACUUGACAGCACCUUGUUACCACCCCCCUCUCGCCCAGUGAUAUAUCUUUAGUACAAUGCAGACAUUUCUUUGUAUCAAGGAACUUAAAUUUGUCAAUGAUUGUAUUUUUGAACUCUGAUACCCAAAAAGAGCUGGAUGCUCAAGUCCUCUUGUUACAAGGGAAACUAGUCUAGAUGCUUAGUUUCAGCUUCUGAAUGAUUUUGCUGUCUCACCUCCGACCUUUUCUGUGUUAAUGUUCAGGUGCUUAGGGGUCAAACAAACCCAUCCAUUUUCGUAGCUUGAUGAGUUGUUAGGCUUAAUUGCCAUCAGCUGGGAUCUGUGCCAGCCAGCUGGAGAGCUGUAGGUGGCGAGAGGUUAAUUGCAAAAGAUGGAGGGGGUGAGUGUCUGAAUGUGUGUGAGUGUGUGUCUAUCACCCCCAGAUGCUUCCUUUCCAAGAAGAGAGAGGGGGAUGAUGUGGAUCAGACCACUGACCCAAAGUAACGUGGAAGAAGGCCCCACCAACCAACCCGGUUUCAGGAUCUAGCUUAAGGCGGCAAAUAGCAAAUGAUUGAAAGGCAGUGGUUGGAGUCAGAGGUUUUCUAAAAAAAACAACACCUGAGGUUAGGGAUUGUCUUUGAUCCUAUAGAAAUGGCAGAUCAGUCCAAAAAAUAGCCCAGUCGGGGAGAGCCCUUCCAUUCACAUUUAGAGGGCUUAAAAUUUUGAAGGGAUUCUCAUGACUUUCAGGUGCAGCGGGGCUCAGGAUUGUUAGACUACUUAGCCCACCCCUAGCGUAACUUGGCCCCCGAAGACCCCCGCGGUCAUUCAGCUUGAGGUUUUAACAUGGGACUUUUGGGUUCACUUGUUUUUAGUCAUUACAUUUCCCUCCCCUUGGGGGUUCCUCACUGAGGGCCUGAAAAAACAAACUUUUCAUCUCUAACUUGCUGCUUCCUUCUUUGCACUUUGCUCAGCGAGGACAAUAUAGACUGCGUGACCCUAUGCACUUUCAGCUCCAUGUACUAGCACAAGGCAGCAACGUUUGGGCUGGAAACAUUCCUAAGGAGAGAUUUGGACCUCAGUGACUCUGGCAAUCUAGCUUUCCACUCUGAGAGUGUUUUUAAUUUAGUACUCAUUUUAAAAGUCCCCUAGGGUCUGUUGAUCUUUGUUUUAAGUCUUACUUAACCUUGGACCCAAACCACCUGAACUUUCCCUUGUUAAAGUUGAUUUCUAAUUACCAUAUUAAUCAGUGGAAAACAAAUGUGAGGUUGAAGACCACCACUCGGGCGGCCUUUCUUGGAUAAGGUAGCGGAAUCGAAAGUGAGAGCCAUGUGUAAAGUCAGAUUUGUGGUAUCAUCGUGAGCGUCUGCGGGCUGUCAGAUUGGGCGAUUCGUAUUUUUAGAAUUGGGUUCCUUUUCGGCUGGCACAAAUUCUGGGUGGACUUACAGCUCAGAGGGAAUCAGAGAAGAAAAUGGCAGCUCACCAUUUCAGAAGAAAAUAAAUCUACUGUCCGGCUGCACUUCCAGCAGCACACUCGCCUCUCUGCCCGCCCCGUACCAGGCGACCUUUGGCUACACAGUGGCACUAUGGCAAAAGCUGCCCCGUCAGGGCAUCAUUUGCCACCAGGAAUGCACUCUCCCCUUACUGGCAUGUAAAAAUCACUGUCGCUUUCAAAAAGUCGAGAGAUCCUUAUCUUCUUUCUUAACUGGCCUCUCCUCAUCUGUGUUGGCCAAACCCAACUGCACAUGCCAAUUGUACGUAUCGUCUUCCUAGCUUGAAAAAAAGGUAGGGCUGGAUUUGUUUGAAAUGAGUGGCUUGGUUGGAAAUAAGAAUUAAAGGAAACAUGCAAAACCCACUUUUUUGUAGAAUUCUUAGCUGAAGGAAACAUCUUUACGACAAGGGGGAAUGUUGCCCAAGUCCAAGCACGGGACAUUUUCCUUUGAAUGUAGACUGACUGUAGUAUACCCAGGAGCAGCCUGCAGCUGCAAAACCCGCUAUCAGCUCAGCUAAAGUUUGCCAGGGAAUGAUCACACCUGGGAGACGGUCUGAAAAGAAGGUGAAUAUUUUGCACUUUUGAUACUCUUAGGAACAAAUAACUUAUUUGGCAAAUUGUGUCUUUUUUAUGUUUGUUUUUGUAUUGUGAACAGGCACUGAUGUUAAUGUUAUUUUGUUUUAAGACUGUUACAGAUUGGAAACGGAAAUAAACUAUUUUAAUGUGUGAUGAUUUGGGGGCAAGA